UUCGUGUUAAAGAUUAUCAUCAUGCCCUGUGUGGCUUGUCAUAUUUGCAGCAUUGCAAUCUUUUUUUUGUGCAAGGACUACCGUUUUGACUCCUCAUUUACAAAACAGCUCCGUAUUUUUGUGUAGAAAAGCGCAUUCUCAGCGUAAUCUUCUUCGUUGGUGAACAAAUUUAUUCAAAUUUGGUAUGCUGCAAGAAACAGCCCUGUCAAUGGACGACAAAAAAUUUAGGGAGCUUUUACUGCAACGAGAACAGUUAGAUUACGAGCUGAGCAUUGUGGGUAAAUACGACGGACCAAGCGUGUAUACAAAGAGUGGAGAUGUAUUUAUUCCCGUGUCAAGGAAUGACGCAAUCGAUCAUCUAGAAAGAAAGAGAAAAAACAUCGUAAAAAGAAUUAACAAAUCAACUGAGGGAAGGAUUUGAACCCCUUAAAAUGGACGAGGCUGUGAAGCUGAACUUGGAAAUAUUUGAUAAAGUCGAAGAAAUUGGCGAAUUGCGAAGGACGUACAACGAAUUAAAAGAUAAAUACAGCGAUAUAAAACGUAAAUAUAGAGAAAAACAUUUGAUAGAAAAGUAUUUGAGGGAUAACACAUCGAAGGAAUAAAUGAUGUUGGUUUUACACGA